AUGUCGUUACCACUAAGACAUGGUCUGGAGAACGUUACCUCCAUUGAUCGUAUUAUCGAGGAUUUGUUAGUUCGAUUUAUUAUCAAUUGUCCUCCAGAAGAUUUAUCUAGUGUGGAGAGAGAAUUAUUUCAUUUCGAAGAAGCAUCAUGGUUCUAUACUGAUUUCAUCAAAUUGAUGAACCCAAAUUUACCUAAAUUAAAAAUUAAACAACUAUCUCAAUUGUUUAUUAAAUUAUGUCCAUUAGUUUGGAAAUGGAAGGACAUUAAAGUGGACCAAGCCUUAUCUAAAUUUUCAAAAUAUAAGAAGACUAUCCCAGUAAGAGGUGCCGCUAUCUUCAAUAAAAAUAUGACUAAGAUCCUAUUGGUAAAAGGUACAGAGAGUGAUUCGUGGUCGUUUCCUCGUGGUAAAAUUUCAAAGGAUGAAGAUGAUAUCAGUUGUUGUAUUCGUGAAGUGAAAGAAGAAAUUGGAUAUGAUUUGACAGAUCAUAUAGACGAAGAUCAAUUCAUUGAGAGAAAUAUUUCUGGUAAAAAUUAUAAGAUUUUCUUGAUUAGUAAUAUCCCUGAAGAAACAAUAUUUAAACCAUUAGUAAGAAAUGAAAUUGAGAAGAUUCAAUGGAUGGAUUUCAAGAAGGUUUCCAAGUCUUUAUUCAAAAAUACAACACAUAAAUACAAGUUUUAUUUGAUUAAUUCUAUGAUUAGACCAUUAUCUAUGUGGGUUAGGCAUCAAAGACAAUUUAAGAAUGAAACUCAAUUGAGAUCUCAAGCUGAAGAACAAUUGAAGUUAUUGCUUGGUAUUACCAAAGAAGAACAAGUAGACCCCGGUCGGGACUUAUUGAAUAUGUUACAAUAUAAUGCUAAUCAUGGAACAAUGAACUCAGAAAGCACUACACCUCAGAUGGUACCGAUUACCUUAGCAGGAAAUGACAUGUCAAAUAUGAUACAGUUACCCCGCUUUUUGAAUGCAGGAAUGCAAAUUCCAAUGCAACAAUUUCCUCCUCAAUCUCAUCCACAACAACUGCAUCCUGGACAAUUAUCUCCGCAAAGGAACCAAGGAGUGAUGCCACAGGGCUUUCAACCAUUUACACCAUUUCCAUUUGUUAAUAAUAUGAAGAUGAAUAAUAAUGGUGCCCAAUUUAACCAAAUGAUGCCACCAUCACUACCACCUCAAGGAAUGGGUAUGCAAGCACCACGUCAAAUGAACCCACAACAGGUAAAUGUACCAUUACUGCAUCCACAACAACCAACUGAACCAGAAAUCCCAAGUGCUAAUUCAUUGUCGAAACCAUCGUUUGCUCCAUCUUCAAAUGAUAACUCUAGAAUUCUGUUGAAUGUGUUAAAUUCUGCACCACAGGAACGUGAACAUAUAGGACCUCUUCAGAGAGGACCUCAACUACAAACCGAACAUCCUCAAGAACUUAAGAUCGGCAAUACUGAUUCUACCACCUUGUUAAAUAUUCUGCAUAAAAAGCCAUCCCGUUCUGUUUCACCCACCAACAUGAGUAGGACUAUUAGUAAUGUCAGUAGGGCCUUCAGUAAUGCCACCAGUGAAUCAACAAACCCAGACUUACCCUCCCCAUCCUUCAGUUCUCCGGAUAUAAAGAAAAUGGCAAAAGGUAACUCUUCCGAUGAAUUAGAUUACACAGAUUUCGAAGCUAGUACGGAUUCAGAAGUCGAAGAAGACUUAGAAGAACUUGAAAAUGGGUCGAAUGGUUCGACAUCUAUCAGGGAUAGGAAUAUCUUAAGAGAAAGCAAUAUGGAGCAAGGUGGAAUUCCACAUUCUGACAAUAGAUCAGACUCUGUUGCUUCCGUCAUAGACGAAGCUCUGGGAGCACCAAGUCCAUUCUCUCAACAAUCAGUUGCUGACCAAACGAAACCAUCCACGCCUGUUUCUAAGCCUAAAAAGUUUAAAAUUUUGAAAAGAGGUGAAACGAUUCCUCAACCAGAAAAAGAAUUAGAGACUAAUGUAGAUAAUGGAGUUUCUUUACUGAAUAUACUAAAGAAACCGAUUCAGUCCAAUGAACAGAAGGAUAACAUUGAAGAUUCUUCUAUCUCUCGUAUUGAUAACGGAAAAUUACUUCUGGGUAUGUUAAAGAAACCUCCAACUGUCAAUAAUAAUGUGGAAUUGUCAAGCAUGGAUCAAAGACGUGAAAGUAAUAUUGAUUCCACAAAUAAUGAAUUGAUGGCCAUGCUGCGUAAAAACGUUAAGCAGCCUGUACAAGAUUCAAGAAUUAUGGAUGGAGAAAUAAAACAUUCACCUGCGCCACAGGAAGACCUUCUGAACAUAUUAAAUGUUAAGUCCAAUAAUGUAUCUAAUAUUAGCGACAUUUCUCCAACCAACAGAGCUAUGAACAUAAGCACCUCUCCAAAUAACUCGCAAGCAGGUGGAUCUGAUCUAUUAGCAAUGUUAAAGAAGAAUUCAACUAACGCUUCUGUGGAUUUACCACAUUUAAAUUUUCAGUCACAGCCUAUUGAAAGCUCAAGUUCUUCUUUUGCAGCUCCUUUUGGAGAACUUCCAGUUCAAGAUCCGCCAAUGGCACCUGUAUCGACAAAUCGAAAGAUCGAAAAUACUAGUAAUGAAUUAUUAAAUAUGUUAAAGAAGAAUACCAUUAGUGAUCUCCCACAACCAGUUCAAGGUUCAUCACCAUCUGAUUUUAUUGUGCCUUCGAACAAUCGUAAUGAUUUACUGAAUAUGUUGAAAAGUCCAGGAAUGAAUAGAGCACCCACAAGCUAUCAAAAUCCUUCUCUUGAGUUUGAUGGAACAAAUUUCAACCAAUCUCCAAAUCCUGGAAUGGCAGCUCCUCAUAAAACCAAUGCUACAAAUAAUGAUCUCUUAGCAAUGUUACAAAGGGGAUCGAAUCAAAAUUCUUUAAUAAAUGAAGGUCCGGAAAGAAGUAAUGCCAGUGCAUCUGCGCAAUUAUUAAAUAUUUUGCAUAAAUAA